CGACCGACUCGUAUACUCGUACUCGUAUUAAAAUAUAUAUUUUUCUGAAAUAAGAUUUUUUUUUUGGUCCAAUGAAUUUUUUAUUGCAGUGCAUUUCACGACGAAAUAUAAAUUAAAGUUUUAUAUUGAUGCAGAAUACGAGGGCGCAGUACAUAAUAAUUUUUUCAACAUAACAAAUUUGAAUAGUAAAAAAAUCUAAAUUUAUGAAGUGGCUUAAGUACUAACGAAAUUCACAACACCUGGAGAGGAAUAUUGAACAAAAAGGAAUUUUCGGUUUAUCAUGGGGCGGUUUACAUUUUUGGUCCUUAUCGGACUAAUCCUGUCGGCCGUCUCAUUUAAUGGUGCGUUAGUCAGUGGCGAUGACUCCAAUGUUGGACCUAGCGAAGCCCAAUGCCGUCCCUAUAUUGAAAAGGCGAUAAACGAACUGAAAACAGGUGAACCAAGCGACGAAGUAGAGGCAGGUGAUAUCCUUAGUACCGACACGAUUUCUAUCGAAGCCACAACGAACAAUGAACACGAUCAGCCUGACGACAACGGCACAGAUUCUGGCGAAAUGCAAUCCGAUCAACCGGCUGGCGACGAAAAAGAGACUGUCGAGGUAACCGAUGCCGAUUCUGAUGAAGAUGAUGAGAAGCCAACCGAUACUGAUGGUGAUGGUAUACCGAAUGAAGAUGAUACCGAUAUUGAUGGUGAUAAUAAACCCAAUGAACAAGAUGAAGACAUGGAUGGGGAUGGUCUUUUGAAUGAAGAGGACGAUGAUAUCGAUGGUGAUGUUAUACCAAACGUUCGCGAUCCCGAUAUGGACGGUGAUGGUGUGUUGAAUAUUGAUGAUCGCGACAUCGACGGUGAUGGAGUACCAAAUGUGAUCGAUCAUGAUCUUGACGGUGAUGGUGUGCCGAAUGUUGUCGAUAAGGAUAUUGAUGGCGAUGGCGUCAGUAAUGCCAACGAUAAUGAUCUAGAUGGUGAUGGCAUACCCAAUGAAGAAGAUGAUGACAUUGACGGUGAUGGCAUACCGAAUGAUCAGGACGAUGAUAUCGAUGGUGACGGCAUACCCAACGAUCAAGAUAAUGAUAUCGAUGGUGAUGGUAUACCCAAUAGCGAAGAUGACGAUAUAGAUGGCGAUGGCAUACCGAAUGAUCAAGACAAUGAUAUUGAUGGUGAUGGCAUACCGAAUGACCAAGACAAUGAUAUCGAUGGCGAUGGUAUUCCCAAUGAAAAAGAUGAUGAUAUCGAUGGUGAUGGUAUACCAAAUGAUGAAGAUAAUGAUAUCGACGGUGAUGGCAUACCUAAUGAUGAGGAUGACGACUUGGACGGUGAUGGCGUACCAAACAAGGAUGACGAUGAUAUCGACGGCGAUGGUGUAUCCAACGAAGAUGACACAGACAUUGAUGGCGAUGGCGUACCAAAUGAAAGUGACGAAGACAUUGAUGGUGAUGGCAUUAAAAAUGAAAGCGACGACGAUAUUGAUGGUGAUGGCGUGGCCAAUGAACAGGAUAAUGACAUUGACGGCGAUGGUGAGCCCAACGAGGCGGAUAAAGACAUUGACGGUGAUGGCGUACUUAACAAGGACGAUGUUGAUAUUGACGGUGAUGGUAUUCCCAAUGAGCGAGAUCACGAUGUUGAUGGAGAUGGCAUGCCCAAUGACGAGGAACCCAAGAGUUUGGAUAUUGAUGGCGAUGGUAUUCCCAAUGAUGAUGAUAGCGACAUUGACGGUGACCUUAAGCCAAACGAGGUAGACGAAGAUAUGGACGGAGAUGGCAUACCGAACGUACACGACCGUGAUGUCGAUGGUGACGGCGUGCCCAACGUUCAUGACGAAGAUAGUCUGGAGGCAGAAGAGGCGGCGAAACGGCAAAAACGUGAUGUUGGUGCAGAACCUGCCACCGUGGAAGCUGGCGAAGAGCAAGACGAAACCAGCAAGGAAAGAGCUGGCGAUAUUGAUGGUGAUGGUAUACCAGAUCAUCAGGAUACUGAUAAAGAUGGUGAUGGCGUGCCGGAUCAUCAAGACGACGAUAUCGAUGGUGAUGGUAUACCAAACGAACGUGACACAGACAGAGAUGGCGAUGGUAUACCAAACGAGCACGAUGACGAUGAUGGUGAAGACAGUGACAAGGAAGAAGAUACCAAGCCCGAAGAUGAGUUGUUGUGGGAGGGCGUAAUACCCGCCCAUUUGCGCAAUCGCGACCACAUUACCGAGCUGCUGCAGCUGAACGACGAAUUCAAUGCACGCGAGAAGGCUGUGGACAAUGUGGCCGAGAUUAUCUUGCGCGACAUUAAGCGCAUCUACGAGAGCGCCAUUAAACCACUGGAGACCCUAUACAAAUAUCGCGACUUGAGUAAUCGCCACUUUAGUGAUCCAGAAAUUUUCUCAAAGCCUUUGGUAUUGUUCAUGGGCCCAUGGUCGGGUGGCAAAUCAACUAUCAUCAACUACCUAACCGGCAAUGAAUAUACGCCCAACUCGCUGAGAUCAGGCGCAGAACCAUCACCAGCCUACUUCAACAUCCUUACCUGGGGCAAUGAGACGGAGGUACUGGAUGGUACGCAACUUGCCGCUGACUACACAUUUUCCGGCUUGCAGAAAUUCGGUCAAGGCUUGGAAGAUCGACUGAGAGGGCUGAAAAUGCCGAACAAAUUGUUAGAAAAGGUCAACAUCGUUGAGAUUCCUGGCAUUUUGGAGGUACGUAAACAGGUAUCUCGUCUCUUCCCCUUCAAUGACGCCUGCCAGUGGUUUAUCGAUCGUGCUGAUAUAAUUUUCCUCGUCUACGACCCUGCCAAACUUGAUGUUGGCCCCGAGACCGAGGCUAUACUAGAUCAACUUAAGGGACGUGAAUAUCAAACGCGCAUCGUUUUGAACAAAGCCGACACCGUCAAGCCAGAGGAGCUUUUACGCGUACAGAGCGCUCUCAUUUGGAACAUCUCCCCAUUGAUGUCCUCAGCACAGCCACCGCUUGUGUAUACAACAUCAUUGUGGUCGCAUCCCUACCAAGAGGGAGCACCGGCACGUCUGCUCUUGGCGCAGGAACGCGCAUUCCUGCGUGAUUUACGCACCGCUGUCGACAAGAGGAUUGAACAUAAAAUCGCUAGUGCGCGUCGUUUCGCUGUGCGCGUCCGCAAUCACGCCAAAAUGGUGGAUUGCUAUCUCAACACCUACUACAACCACAAGACCCUCUUCGGCAAUAAGAAACGGAUCGCUGACGAAAUUAUUAAUCACCCUCAGAACUACCACAUUUACGAGGGUCUAUCGACGCUGACGAACAUUUCACGGUACGAUUUGCCAGAUCCUGAAGUCUAUCGUGACUUCUUCCGCCUUAAUCCGCUGUACGAGUUCAAAAAGCUUUCAGAGACGUGCACCUACUUCCGCGGCUGUCCCAUCACUAAAUUAGAUGUGGCGAUCGCCUACGAUUUACCCGAAUUGGCUGGCAAGUACAAGAAAAUGUCCGAAACAGCGUUGGCCAACAUCGAGGGCAAAGGAGCUGACGCAACCGCACCAGGCGGAAAGGGAGUUGGCAAGAGCACCAAAAGUUGAGUUGCUUAACCUCAAAACAACGCAGUGAAAUUUGUCCGAAAAUGCUCUUAAAAAAGGAAGGAAAAUCUAGAAGCACUGGACAAACGCGGAAAACACAAACAAGUAACAAAAACAAAAAACAGCUGCGUGCUUACGCAAACGAAAUUGGUUUUCGGAACGAAAUAGGAACGUUCAAAUAAAAAAAUUUAAAUAAAAUGAGUUGAAAAUAAAAAUUGCCGAAAUUUUACAAAAUUACAGACUAAGAGAGAGAGGCAUUACAUUAGAUAUAACAUAAAAAAGUAAGAGAGAGAGAGUGAGCGACCUAACAGCGAAACAAUCACAUUUGCUGAAACUAGACAACUUAACGAGACAAACUAAAAAAAAGUAAAAAUAAAAAACACUGUCAAUCGAAAUUCCUUAAAUGCAAACAACCGUAGUGCAAUGAACACCGAAAAAACAUGUUUAGACAGAGACAUUUUUAAGGAAAAGAGAGAGAGAGAGACACACACAAUUAAUUUGUAAUUUUUGUAACGAGUGGGAGGGACAGAGACAAAAGCGAUAAUAAAAAUAAAAAACAAACAACAAAAUCUUCAAGACCCAUUUGCAUUUAUGCAUUGGGUUUAAAUAUGCAUAUAAGUAUAGAGGGAGAUGACUACACUACCACAAAACAAAAUUAAACCGCUAGCACUAACACAAAAUCUUCUAACCAAAAAUCUUCUAACCAAAUUCGAGCUAAUAAAAAUUCGAAAAUUUAAAUUUAACGAAACAUUAAUUUCCCACAAGCAAAAAGAAAUUAAGACCUUUGCACAACCAUUGCAGGCAUUUAUUUUUUUAAUUAAUUGUAAAUUUGUUCUGUAAUAAUUGUCCUCGAACACGAUUUUGUAAGUGUCCAAACAGUUGUUGUACCCCGCAUAUACCUAUACCCCUGGCACCCCUGUGUAAUAAAUAUUAUAUGUUUUCCGUUUUCUUCUGCUUCAAAUGAGAGAACUUUAUGAUAAGUUUGCGUGUUGAAAUAAUAAUAAAACAGUAAUAAAUUAAAAACUUAAAUAUAAUAUUAACUACUAUCACUGCACUGCACCAAAUGCAUUGUGAAUUUAGACCCUGUCAUAGUUAAUAAGUUUUCUUUUUUUUAUUUGAAUGAGAAAAAAUUAGAAAUUUUUACAAAAAAAAAAAAUAAAAGAGUGAAACAAACAGUGAAGACGUUGCAUGAUUUUUAUAAAUACUCUUAAAUCAACUCGUAAGCAUUGCGUCGAUGAAUUAUUGUGAAAUGAUUUUGCAAAUUUAUAGAAGCUGAGAAGCUGUGAGCUUACAUUUAAAUGUAAUGUUGGACAUAAGAUAGACUCAGAAUUGUAACAACAAAUAAAAAACAACUUAGAAAACACCAA